AGCCGUGGCCAUGCUGAUUCAGGCACUUUCGGCUCAGCCUGGGCCGUUUGGCUCAGGCGAGCAGGGCCUUAGCCAUGAUAGGCCCAUCCGCUUCUGCCAGGCGACGCCUAGGACCAGCGAUGAACCGCACCGCGCGAUGGGCGCCCCUCGUGCUCAGGUUGUCGCACUGGGGUCGGCAUGGGGCGAAGGUCAAAUCGGAGGUUUGCGUGGCGUGCAAGGACCAUGCUUCCACCACGACCUGCGUCAGCGAGACGAGCAGCCGAAGACUCAGCGAACUCGAUGGCGUGGUGUCCCUACCCAGUAGUCGCGGCGAGGACAUGCCCGGUGUGCCAGAUCUUCCAGAAAAUCCCUGCGCGUCAGCGGGGCCCGACCAGAUCACGCGCCAGUUUUUGCCUGUGGCGAGAAGCGAGAACUGGACGACGAAAGACUUCGAGAUCGUGAAGACCCUUGGUAAGGGCUUCAUGGGUUUAGUUCUCAUGGUCAAGCUUUCCAAUGCCAGAGGUGCCGUCCCUUACGCGCUCAAGAUAAUCGACAAAGAGCGUGUCAUCAGGGAGCACAUGGCUGAACGUGUGAUGCAAGAAAAGGAGCUCCUCUCGCGAGCCAGCCAUCCGUUAAUCGUCAGGCUGUUUGGCACGUUCCAGGACGACGGGUGCCUCUUCAUGCUGAUGGAAUGUGUAGGCGGAGGCGACCUGUUCUCCGCCAUGCGAAACGUGAGGUUUAACGACGGGUGUGCGCACUUCUUCGCUGCUGAGAUCACGCUUGCAAUCGGACAUCUGCACAGUUUGGACAUCGCAUAUCGUGAUCUCAAGCCCGAGAACGUUGCCAUCGACUCGCUGGGCCACGCCAAGAUUAUCGAUUUUGGAUUGGCUAAAAUCGUUCGGACAAAAACGUACACAGUGUGCGGAACAUCGGAGUACAUGGCGCCCGAAGUCUUGACCCAAGUCGGUCAUGGCAGAUGUGUGGACUGGUGGGCGCUUGGCAUCCUCAUCUUCGAAAUGCUCUCGUUCCAGGUCCCCUUCACAGGACGCACCGCCACAGAGAUUCACAAGAGCGUGGUCUCUCGUGAUCCGAGGUGCCCUCCCUACUUCGGGAGCGCGACCAAGGGCAUCGUCUACCUGCUCCUGAUCAAAGACCAGACGCUGCGCCUCGGCAGCGGCGCCGACGGCGGAGGACGCGUCCAGAAGACACCCGUGGUUCUCCCCCGUGAACUGGGACGACCUCUUCCGGCAGAGGGGCACCUCGGCCACUUUUGCGUGCGGCCGAUUCACGCCGAAUGCGCGCGGCGACGACGGGCAGCCCGCGCGCGGCGGCUUCCCGCCAGGCGCGGGAGGCGGCUUGGCCGCGCCGCGGGCGGCCUCCAGCAGGGCGGUCCCCGCGCCGAGGGGCGGCCUUUCCGAGGCGCAGCAGCAGCUGUUCGAGGGUUUCUGAUCGUUCUGGCGAAGGCUUCCCAAGGCGUUCCCCCCAGGCGCCAAUGUUCCACCACCACUGCGCCGACAUGGUUCGGACAGGGGACAAGAGAGGGUGGGUAUAUGAUUUUCGUCCUCCUCCUCCUCUUCCUCCUCCUCCUCCUCCUCCUUGUCGAAGGGUUCUCCAUGCUGUUACGAGGAGUUGAAGCUGGGACUGAGUCAUUGCCAGGUCAAUGGUGCCGAGCGCGUGGGAAGAAGUCUGUGGAGCAGGCAUCUGUCGGCCUCGACCUUUGACACUGCGACCAAAUCCUGUCUGUGUGGAACCUUGAUUCGAGAAGGAGUGUCCGAAAUUCCGACGCCUUGUUCGGAGCGGUACACUCGUGUUGGAAGCUCACGGGCCGAUCGAGUUUCCAGUUUUAUUCGGCGCGGAGGUCCGUAUAUGUGCACUUCCAUUCUAGCGCUGUCCUGUCCCGCUGUCUCAGCAUGUGCGAGCCGGAGUUUGGGUCACAAUGAGACGGGAGUGCCACAAGACACCAAUCGGAUUCCAAUGAGAGCCCAGGAUAGUUAUUCAAGACCCGUAGGAGGAAUUUUUGUUGCUGUUUCGGCUGCUCGUCGCGGCGCCUGCGAGGCGUGCCGCCAGCCGCCUCGUGCUCUACAACCCCACGCUGGUGCCCAUGGUAUUAACACAACUAUAUGUAUCGACUGCUCCAACUGCUUCUCCACCUGCUUGGCCCAACGUAUUGCCUGUAAGGCAAUCGGUUGGCGCAGAGCCAAUUAUUCUCACGUGCAGUCCAGCCUUUAUGUAGCUGUUGUACCCUGCUGCGAGUCUCCUGGGUCAGCAUGCUGGGCCAUGGCCUGGCCAUGGCCUGGCCGAAAUCGCUUGGCGUUUCCGCUUCCCCAAGCCGUGCACAGUACGGUGAGCCUGCGUGAAUGUUCAUGGACGGUCCACGCGCCUGCAAACGGGUGGGGCCGACGUGAACGAAGUCACGAAUAACCGUCGCGGUUGAGUCGGGGAUCCGCUGUUGCGGUCCUUCCAUUGCGUUGGGAUUGGCCGUUUCAAGAUUCGCUUCGUUUCGCGCGAAUGUGGUUCUGUCUCACCUCAGUCGAAGCGCUUGCCGAAAUCAGCUCUUUAUGCAGCUUGCAGGCUCUAUGAUCUAUGCGCACGGGACGCUCACCGUAUGCACGUUCAGCCGGGGCCCCCCGCGGGAGGAGGA